AGAGGAAGAAAAUAAUUAAGAAAAAAACAACAAGAAUUUGAAUGAAGAAAAGCCUUUGGUUAUCCUCUCUAGCUUUCUCUGAGUCUGAGACACAGACAGAGAGAAAGAGAGAAGGAGAAGUGAGCUGAAGACGGUGACGUUUUUUGCGGAAUUUAAGCUUAGCUGAAGACUCUGAAAUGGUGUGAGGAGCUUUCAAUAGCUAUUCAGUUCAUAGAAUAAAAAAGCUUGUUUUUCUGUUUCUCUUUUUUUUGGUGAUAAAAGAGGAAAUGGUUAUUGGCGGUUUGAUCUCGAACCGGAAUUUCGGUUCCUUUGUUGGCUCAGGAAUAGUGUCCCAAAGAAAACAGGCUACUUCACAUGUUAGAGGCGAGCAUUCAGUUGCUCGUUCUGUAUGUUAUGAUCAACGGAAUGUAGGCUACCAUAAUUUAUGUAUGUCGAGGACUAAUACUCCUAUAUCUAGAUACUCACAUAGCCCAUAUCUUCAUGCUAUUGGUACCUCAGACAGGAACCUUCUGAAGCCAACAGGAGCCUUCCAUGAAGUGGAUCACCCACACUUAAUGAGCAAAUCUGGUAAAGGGUCUUGCAAUGUCAUUCUUAAGCAAAGAAUUAGAGGAAAAUGCAAAUGUUAUCUUUCUUCAAACCCCUCUUUUAGCAGGUGGAGUCAAUCCAGAAUGCUGGAUAAGUUUAAUUUAAUUAAUGGGCAAUCCCAGAAGUCUGAUCAUGCUAAGAUAAACAGAACUCGAUCAUAUUACAAGUCUGAGGAGUAUGACAUAACAGAAGCAAGGGUAGAAUCGCUGACUUCAAUGGAAGGGUCAACUGAUGCUAUCUUUGUGGAAGGUGAUGUGCAGGAAGCAUCUCCUUGGUGGGAGCGCUUUCCUAAGCGCUGGGUUAUUGUAUUCCUCUGUUUUACAGCAUUUCUGUUAUGCAACAUGGAUCGCGUGAAUAUGAGCAUUGCAAUCCUUCCCAUGUCACAGGAAUUUAACUGGAACAGUACGACAGUUGGCCUGAUUCAAUCAUCUUUUUUUUGGGGCUAUCUUCUUACCCAGAUUGUUGGAGGCAUCUGGGCAGAUAGAAUUGGUGGGAAGCUGGUAUUGGGUUUUGGAGUAGUCUGGUGGUCAGUAGCAACAGUUUUGACACCUAUUGCGGCAAAAAUUGGGCUUCCUUUUCUGCUUGUCAUGCGUGCUUUUAUGGGGAUUGGUGAGGGUGUUGCCAUGCCUGCUAUGAAUAACAUACUUUCUAAGUGGAUUCCAGUUUCUGAGAGAAGCAGAUCGCUGUCACUGGUUUACAGUGGCAUGUAUCUUGGCUCUGUCAUUGGGUUGGCUAUCUCUCCUAUUCUAAUCAGCAAAUUUGGAUGGCCAUCUGUGUUUUAUUCAUUUGGCUCCAUUGGAAGUAUCUGGUUUGCAUUAUGGCAAAGAAAAGCAUAUAGCUCACCAAAAGAAGAUCCAGACCUUAGUGUGGAGGAAAAAAAGCUUAUACUGGGAGGUAACAUCUCCAAGGAACCUGUUUCAGUCAUUCCAUGGAAACUAAUUUUAUCUAAAGCACCUGUUUGGGCUCUUAUCAUCUCCCACUUUUGUCAUAAUUGGGGAACCUUUAUUCUUUUGACGUGGAUGCCUACAUACUACAACCAGGUUUUGAAGUUUAACCUCACUGAAUCCGGACUCCUUUGCGUCUUGCCAUGGUUGACCAUGGCUGUCUUUGCAAAUAUAGGAGGUUGGAUUGCUGAUACGCUUGUGAGCAAAGGCCUUUCCAUAACAGCUGUUCGUAAGAUCAUGCAAUCAAUAGGGUUUCUAGGCCCGGCCUUCUUUCUUACUCAGCUGAGCCGCGUGAAGACACCUGCUAUGGCAGUGUUGUGCAUGGCAUGCAGUCAGGGAUCUGAUGCAUUCUCACAAUCUGGUCUCUAUUCCAACCACCAAGACAUUGGACCACGCUAUGCUGGAGUGUUGCUAGGACUUUCAAAUACAGCUGGUGUGCUUGCUGGUGUCUUUGGUACAGCUGCAACAGGGUAUAUACUCCAACGAGGUUCUUGGGAUGAUGUAUUCAAGGUAGCUGUUGCUCUGUACCUCAUAGGUACAUUAAUCUGGAACGUCUUUUCUACCGGAGAGAAAAUUCUUGACUAGAGAAAUGUGAAAUUGGAAGGAAGAAAAUGCAGGCUACAGAAUUAUAGAGAUAUGGAAAUUUAAAGAUAUCGAAGCCAUAUCAUAAAAACCAAAUAUGAGCAACAGAAAGGCAAGGAUAAAUUGCAAGAGAAGUAGGGUAUGAUUGACUGCCAAUGUUUUUAUUACAACUUGUGAGGCCCUAGAUUUGCUCUGAUAACUAUUGAGUUGGUUCAGGACCUCACUUUUAUAGGCUUAAUAAUGAGAAUUUUCUUUUUGCAUGUCACAUGGUUUCUCUGUAGAGAAUUUUUGAGUAACUUCUGUGCAUGAAUCUUUCUUUCUUUC